AUGGACAUUUUACCACUGCAUUUUCGAACUCUCUCCUAUAGUGGUCUAUGGACUGACAACUCUAAUUCAUCUCUCAUAAAAUCAUUUUACAAACUUCUGGUUAUUUCCCUCAUUUUUCACUUUACGAUCUCAGAAGCUGCUGGCUUUAUAAAAACAUGUGCUUCAGAAGAAGAUUCAACACAGGGCCUCUUUCUUUCUUUCACGUUCGUCGCACUCUGCUUAAAAAUAUGUAACUUUACAUUUCAGCGUGGAAAAAUGUCAGAAAUAAUCAAGGAUUUUCAAAUAGAAAAUUUCCAGCCAACUUCUCGUGAGGAAACAGUCAUUUGGGAGAAAUAUAAUAAGAAGGCUAGGAGAAUAUUUUUAAUAAUUAUGAUUCUUUCGCAAUCAAGUGGACUGUGCUUUUUGGCUCUGCCAUUCGUGGAGACUGGUUUUGGAAAUAGUUCAUUGCCUUUCAAAACAUAUCAACCGUAUGAUGUUGCAAGUAGUCAAGUGUUUUGGUUUACUUACGUUCUUCAACUUUUCGCAGCUUUUUAUGGGGUUUUAAUUAAUGUGUCAAUGGACACGAUGGUUUAUGGUUUUAUUUUACUGCUUUGUGCACAAUAUGAAAUACUGUCUUUGAGAUUGGUGAAAAUUGAUGGCAAUGAAAAUUUUCUGCUUAAAAGUUAUGUUGAUCAUCAUGUUCAUAUCAAGAAUCAAAGUAAAAUAAUUCUCAAUGCAAUAUACAAUAGCAAUUGGACACAAUUGAAUUCUAAAAAUAAAAGAAGUUUGAGAUUUAUUAUGCAGUUUAGUGCAAAAGGAGUUGUUAUAUCCCAUCAUGGCCAAUGUGUAUUAAAUUUAAAUACAUUCGUUUGGAUAAUGAAAACAUCUUACAGUGCCUUAAGUGUUCUUCGUAAUGAGUGAAUGAGUGUUAGAGAAAUUAAAUUUAAAAAUCUUUCCAUAGAAAAUAUUUUUU